AUGUCUCACCGUGACAAAAGAGAUGACCGACGAGACGACAGGCGCUACGAAUACUCGUCAUCAUCUUCCAGAAGAGGACUAGGAAGUGGUCGUGAUCGCGAGCGAGAGCAGUAUUCGUCAAGUCGCGGAGAAAGAAGACGCAGUCGGUCCACGAGUCCUCGGAGACGCGACGACAGAGAUAGGAGAGAUGGUGGGUCUGCUUUUAUUCCUACAAACCUCGAGAAAGACGCAGGUCGAGGUCACGCUCGCCCAGAGGUCACCAUCAUCAUCGUUCGAGAUCUAGAGAUGGAGAUUCGCGAAGGAAAGACGAUAGACGCGCUGUUGAGGACAGAAGACGCGAUGACCGAAAGGCGCACGAGUCCAAUGGGCGUGAUCCGCGUGGACAAACGUCGCGUCGAGACGGUAAAAGAAGAGUCAAAGAUGAUGGAGGAUGGUAAGGAAGAGGAGGGAGAGCUUGGGGAUCCAACAGAGGAAGACAUGAUGGCGAUGAUGGGUUUUGCUGGGUUUGGGACAACAAAGGGCCAUGAAGUCGAAGGUAAUCAAGAAGGAGCCGUAAAGAUUAACAAGCAGCGCACAUGGAGACAAUACAUGAACAGGAGAGGAGGAUUCAAUAGGCCACUCGACAAAGUCAAGUAG